GGGAGGGAGGAGUGUGGGAAGAGGAAGGAAAAAAGAGCGAGACAGCCAGGGGAAGAGAAAGAUGUCACUGUCUAAUCUCCCUGUCAUUUUUAUUUGCAGCAGGCGCCGGGCCGAGGAGCUGCUAGAACAAUGCUGAGGCGGGUGAGGUGAGGAGCGGCCGCCGGCCCCGCCGACGGAGCGUCUGGAACAGGUGAUAGGAGGAUCCGAACCCCCGGCCACCUGGGCAGCCCCGCCCGGCGGCGCCCCGGACCCCCGGGUGGGGGGAGACCAUGGCGACCAAUUUCAACGACAUCGUCAAGCAAGGCUACGUGAAGAUGAAAAGCAGGAAGCUGGGGAUCUACCGGCGGUGCUGGCUGGUGUUCCGGAAGUCUUCCAGCAAGGGGCCCCAGCGGCUGGAGAAGUAUCCGGAUGAGAAGUCAGUGUGCCUCCGAGGCUGCCCCAAGGUGACCGAGAUCAGCAACGUCAAGUGUGUCACGCGGCUCCCCAAGGAGACCAAGAGGCAGGCAGUGGCCAUCAUAUUCACCGACGACUCGGCACGUACCUUCACCUGCGACUCAGAGCUGGAGGCGGAGGAAUGGUACAAGACGCUGUCUGUGGAGUGUCUGGGUUCACGACUCAAUGACAUCAGUCUGGGAGAGCCAGACCUCCUGGCCCCAGGAGUGCAGUGUGAGCAGACAGACCGCUUCAACGUCUUCCUGUUGCCCUGUCCCAACCUGGACGUGUAUGGCGAGUGCAAGCUGCAGAUCACCCACGAGAACAUCUACCUCUGGGACAUACACAACCCCCGCGUGAAGCUCGUCUCGUGGCCCCUCUGCUCGCUGCGUCGCUACGGCCGGGAUGCCACACGCUUUACCUUCGAGGCUGGCCGGAUGUGCGAUGCUGGGGAAGGGCUCUACACCUUCCAGACCCAGGAAGGGGAACAGAUUUACCAGCGGGUCCACAGUGCCACCCUGGCCAUCGCUGAGCAACACAAGCGUGUCCUGCUGGAGAUGGAGAAGAACGUGCGGCUGCUGAACAAGGGCACGGAACAUUACUCGUACCCCUGCACGCCCACCACCAUGCUGCCCCGCAGCGCUUACUGGCACCACAUCACGGGCUCCCAGAAUAUUGCCGAGGCCUCCAGCUACGCCGGUGAGGGGUACGGGGCUGCCCAGGCCAGCUCAGAAACAGACCUCCUCAACCAAUUCAUCCUGCUAACGCCAAAGCCCAGCCAGGGGGACAGCAGCGAGGCCAAGACCCCAGCCCAGUGACAGGGCUGCUGCCCAGCAAGGACCACAGGGUGGCCUAUUGCAGGGCCGCCUGCAGCGUACUGUGCACAGCCUCGGGGGGCUGCUGGCCCAGAGCCUGGGGAAACGGCGCGAGCUGUCCUUUCCCUGCCCCCGAGCGUGAGGCUGGACCAAGGCACAGGGCUGGCCACGCCACCAGAGCAUGUGUGAGGGGCUGGAGCCACUGCGGGACUAUAUACUGUUAAUGAUCUUAAUAUAUAUGGCUUAUGACAUAUUCUAUAUUAAUGAGAUUUCCCCCCCUCCCUCCCUGACACCACAUACACAUUUUUUAAUCCCAUGACCAGGUCCCAGUCAAGGCUGUUUUUGAACAUGAGGGCAGCUGUUCCCUGUCCUCUGUGGGACAGCCCUCCUGCUGCCCGGACCUGCUGGCGCUGCCGGGGCUGGAGGUAGCAGACAGAGCUCGAGGCUGGCGCUGGGACGGCUGGCUCUCCCCGCAGCCCAGGGGCUAGGACAGCAGGUGGUUUCUCCUUUCCUCUGGGCCUCGAGCGGCACAGGAAGCGUCUGAGCUUCCACCGUGCCCCUUGGCAGCCUUGCACUUGGGAGUUUCAAGCAAAGGUGACAUCUGGUUGACACCUCAGGUGAAAAUCUGGUUUUAAAAUAUAAUUUUUGCCCAGGCUCCUUCCUGCUUAGUAGGCUAAGAUACCCCAGGGGCAGGGGUGCUGGCUCCCUCAGCCAGGCGGAGGGCGGCCCACGCCGAGCUCCUACAUUGCCCCAGGGCCAGCCGGGCAGGUGGCUGGCUGCAGCAGGACUGCUGUGGGGGGUACCCCCGCUGCCCCCUCACUGACCGAGGGUAGGUGAUGGCCCAGCAGAGGGAGCCCCUCUGCCCAGUGUGGCCACCCUCUGGCCAGCCAAAAGCACUCAGAAACCGAGCCCUCCCCAUUUCCCUCUCCCCACAUGGUGCUGAGGCUCCCUGCUGAAAUGCCAUUAAAAGCAGUUGAUUUUCUAGCGCUGGUGUUUACUGACUACCUUGCAGAAGGGCUAUCUUUCUACUCCCGUCAAGUCUUUGGUUGCGUGUGUGGGUUUUUUGCUUUUUAAUACUUUAGGGUUCUGAUUUGUGCGAACAGACCUUGUUGUAAAUAACCACUAAUCAAGUUGUGGCAGGAGGAUCCGGGGAGGGGGCCACAGCCAGCUCGGCUCCAAACCCGACCCUGGGAAUGACCACCCAGAGGAAUAAACUAGACUGAAGAAGGGAGCCUGGGGCCAAAGGCCUUGGAGAGGGAGGCAGGGCUGCGCUGGCUCAAGUUAGUGGCACGAUGACGCAUGAAGGAGAUUAUGUUGUGCUCUUUAUUGCCAAAAAUAAAAACUUUUAAAAAGACAA